GCCCGGAGCAGAAGAUAUGUUGCACAGCGUCGACCAAACGAUUUUCUAGCCAUACGAAACAUCAACAACCAGCUACACGUUGCGGUAAAUGCGCUUCAAUACUAACGCCUUUAUACAAAUGUACGUUUAAAACUUAAUUUAAAAGUAUUUCCGUUAUAUUGUCUCGCUUACAUUUUUACAGACAGACAAACUGCAUCCAUUUAUAAAACAUUUUUUUGUGUUAACUGUCGGACUUAGCCAGACAUUUUGACGAAAUCCUACGGAAUGUUCUGGACAUGAAAAACUCUGAAAGCGAAGUAUAACGCUUGUGUUGCCUGGUUUGGUUUAGUCAGUAACGUUAAGCAUACUUCAAGUAGCCCUUGACAGAGCAGACAUGGCCAACAGCAACAGUGUAGACAUGGAUCCAGAUGUUGCUCUGAGGCUGUUUAAAGAGGGAGCUACCCUGGUGUUGCUGGGUGUUCCUCAAGGUACAGAGCUAGGGAUUGACUGCAAGAGUUGGCAGGUCGGUCCCCGCUUCAAGGGUGUGAAGAUGAUCCCCCCAGGCCUGCACUUCCUCCACUACAGCUCUGUUAACUCGCCAAGCUGUGGAGGAGAAAUUGGCCCAAAGACAGGCCUCUUCCUCACUCUCAAACCCAAAGACAUCAUGUUGGCCAACUGGGAUCCCAAAGAGGAAGAUCUGGACUUCUCAGCCUCCCAAAACGAAGAGGAGGUGAGCCGGAUCAGGGCGACCUUGCAAGACCUGGAUCCUCACCUGGGGCCCUAUCCGUACGAGGUGAUGAGGAAAUGGGUGUCCCUCACUGACCGUCUGAGUGAGGAGCUCGCCAAUAACUUACAGCCUCUUUCAGGUCGAAUAUGUGCCUUUAGUGACGUCAUCCCUGAGCUUCAGCUCAGACACACCAAAGACAGGGCAGAGCAGCCGAGGAAUGACACAGCCUGUCAGAGCAUGAAAGAGGGACUCAACAGGCUCCCCAGGAUGAAGCAGAGGGAGGGGACAGAGUUGCGCUUCUCUGUUAUCCCCGAGAAGAAAUACCCUGCUGGGGCUACGCCGGCCGAGAUCACCCAGUGCAGCCUGGACCUGAGCUAUGCCCUAGAGACUGUGCUGGAGAAGAACCAUGAGCUGCAGCCUCUCAACCUGCUAGGUGAGCUGCAGUUUGCCUUUGUGUGUUUCCUGAUUGGAAAUGUGUAUGAGGGCUUUGAGCACUGGAAGAGUCUCCUCACUCUCCUUUGCCGAUCAGAGGAGGCAAUGCGAAAGCGCAAGGAGCUGUAUCUGGGGCUCAUUGCCGUGCUUUACCACCAGCUCGGAGAAAUCCCACCUGACUUCUUUGUCGACAUUGUGUCUCAGAGCAACUUCCUCACUUCCACACUGCAGGACUUUUUCCAGUUUUCCAGUGGAGCUGGUAUAGACGGCACACUGCGUAAGAGAGCAGAGAAGUUCAAAGCUCACCUGACUAAGAAGUUUCGCUGGGACUUUGAUGCAGACUUGGACGACUGUGCCCCUGUGGUGGUGGAGCUGCCGGAAGGUGUUACAGUGGACUGAGACUGUGUGUAGUAUGGAUUCAGUGUACAUGCUGGAACCAUAAGCACUGAAAUAAUCUGACACUGAAGGAGAGCAGUGAAGCCUGGUAUUUAACACCAGAUCCAAAGGUUCUCAGGAGGCUUGAGGAAACUUAAACAACAACCUCUCUUAGUUUCAGUCACACCAGUAGUUCUCUAACAGUGUGUGUUGAGAGUGUUACAUGUAGGCUGUACAACCCCUUCUCAUAUAUGUACACAUUUUGUACCCUUUUAUGAACAAAGCAAACAUCAUUAAGUCAUCUGAGGCGUUCAGUCAUGGCAGAGCUGCAUUGUACUAAAUGUCAGCGGUGCCCUCUGGUGGUGGAUUUCUCUAAGCUCAGCAAGCAAGUUGCCAUGCAUUACUCAACAGUUUUAGAACCCAAUUACAGCCCAUGAAUUGCCAAAAUCAACCCCCUAGUUGUUUUUAACCUCACUUAAGUUGGAGGGUUUCAUUAAUUAAUGGCUAUGCUAAGAAUUAUAAAUGGUGUCAUACACACAGCUGUUACCUUUAUCAAUUAUGGAGAACUUGCAUGUUCACCUCAACUGCCACAUAAUAACUGCAUGGAUGAGGACACACUUAGUGUAACCUUAAUUUCACCAAACCUUAUAACAAUUCUAGAUAUACAGGAUGUAGCUAGAAGAAAACAAAAGUAUAGUAUUGUGUGACUGUAGUAGUUCUAUACCUCCUUAUAUUAAAUUUAAAUAGUUUUGUGUUUAUUGAUCAUUUUUGUUGCCACACUGUGAAAAUGACAAAAUCACUGUUUGUAAUGGUAAAUUGUUUAAACAAAAAGACCACAUCUGAGCUGUUUUCUUCAGAACCUUUCUUAAACUUAAGUUUUUUUUUAAUGAUUUAUUGGAUCCAAAUUCCCCUGAAUAAAAACACUUUUGAUAGAAAA